AAGAGGAAGAGGAAGCGGUGGUCCGCCAUGUUUGACCAACGCUCCAGUUUGUCAGCGAAACUCUGAAACUGCGUCUACUAAACGAGUUCUGCUCAGUACCGCUCACAGCUCUUCAGUGGUACCGUUUCUAUCCACAAGAUGUUUAAUAGAAUGACAAGCUUAUGGAUGGGCGAUUUAGACCCAUACAUGGAUGAAAACUUCAUCAAGCAAGCUUUCAGCACUAUGGGAGAGACGGCCUAUGGCGUUAAAAUCAUCACACACAGAGUGACGGGAGGUUCCGCUGGGUAUUGUUUUGUGGAGUUGGCAGAUGAAGCCAGUGUUGACCGCUGUGUUCAGAGGCUCAAUGGGAAGCUGGUUCCAGGAUCAAAUCCACCCAGGAAGUUCAAGCUGAACUAUGCAACAUAUGGCAAAAGGCCUGAGCCCGGACCUGAAUUUUCGGUCUUUGUUGGCGACCUCACAUCAGAAGUGGACGAUUAUCAGCUCCAUCAGUUCUUUGUGAAAAAAUACCCUUCAUGCAAGGGCGCCAAAGUUGUCACUGAUCCCUACGGCAACUCCCGGGGCUACGGCUUUGUGAAGUUUGGUGAUGAGAGUGAACAGAAGAAGGCCCUGGAGGAGUUUCAGAACGCUGCAGGCCUUGGGGGGAAGCCCAUCAGGAUAAGCAUAGCUGUGAACAAAAGCAAUAAAUCAAACAGCUACCACAACCAGAAUCACAACUACAAUAGCAACUACCAGCAGCAGUACUACCAACAGCCCUACAAUAAUUACUAUCAGCACUGGGGCUAUGAUCAGUACAACAGCUACAGCUAUGGCUAUAACCCAUAUGCCACGCCUCCUCCACUUCCCCAUGGAAUGAUGGGACCACCCCCUCCAAUGGGAAUGCCCCCCAUGCCUCCUGACAUGCACUCAACUGCAGAGCAGUCACAUGAGGGCGCUGAAGAGGUCGAGGAAGACAAUGAAGACCCAAACCCCCAGGUGGAUGUGGAAGCUCUGAACAAGCAGUACAUGGAACAGAGCGAGGAGCUCUACGAUUCCCUCAUGAACUGCUACUGGCAGCCUUUGGACAGCGUCACCUCUGAAAUCGCUUCAGCAAACUGGUCCUGAUCUCCUGCUUCCAGCGCCAGAUCUGACCUUACUGAAAUGGAGAUGCCUUUUUACAGAACUCUUUAACAGCUUCUCAGAAGACGUCCACUUUGAUCUGUUUUCUGUGGGACUUGCUCCAUCCUUGUCCUUCCAUUCUGUCUCCUGUUUUAGUCACCUGUUAAAGGAUUUUUUUUUUUUACUACGUACAACUUGGCUUCGGAGGAGGCAAGAAAAGCGUUUGGUCUUUCCCCCGUAGAGCUACAGCUGAAAGUGGUUAAACUCUUGCCUUUUUAAAGUUAGUACUUUUUGGUUUUCAUUUUGAAUGCAUGGGGAUGGUUUACACACACACCAGUUUUAGUUGGCAGAAAGAACUGAUGGGAAAGGGGGUGGUGUGGUUUUGUUUUUUUAAAUAUCCCAUUUUCUAGCAAUUCAGUUUAGUUCUUGCUGGUGCUGAAGUGCAGUAUGCAGGUUGGCCUUAGUAACCCUGUGUGAUGACAGUUGGACUGCUGUAGAUGAACUUCUAAGAUGCUGUUUGAGGCUUGAAGGGAUUGGUGUGUAAUCAUGGCUCAGUGGUCUGUGUUUUAAGGUCAUGUCAGUGUCAGCAAGUCUCGGCCCAAAUGCAUCAUCUGUGUGCAAACCAGUCAGGGAAAUUAAGUUACCUGGUUAAAGUGAAUUGCAAUGUUUGUUUAGUAAAACACCUGCCAAAAGGAAACGGUAUGUGCAAAAUGUUUGGUUUCUGACUUCCUUAGAUUUCCUCAGGAAUGUUGGGUUUUACUUUGCUCUGCUCCACAAUUUCAUCCUAUAUUAAACUAGAAUUGCUCCUCCAUUUUUAUUAAUUAUAUGUAUAAUCAAAUAAGACACAAUACAAUGAACCUGAGUAUAGAUACGUCGGGCCGAGAACUCCCAGAGAACUGGUUUUAAAACCAGUCGCAAAAGGUCACCGUUGUUCUCCGGUCUUUAAGGACAAGUCAGUACGGCCCAGCAUGUCAUCUGUAUUCCGAUCAUGUUCACAGUAUGUUUGGCUACACAUUACGUACUAACUUUUGACAUGGUUACAGUUACUUGGACACGUGUGCUGGUCUGAAUGUGUAACAAAUUGUUUUGCUGUAGACACCCUUUGACAGUCAGUCCAGUUUUUUCAGCUGUUUGUCCUUUGAGUCACCUGUUUCUAGUCUGACCACAGUAACAGAUUCAUCUAAACCUGCUUGUAGAUAACGUGUGUAAAAAUCACUACCACUGUUUGGCUGACGUGCACACCAACAUGAUUCCAGUACUUUGUCUACAGUGGGCAGAAAAUAACAGAGGGUGUUGACAGCAAGAAAGCAUGUAUGUUUUUGAAAAUAAGGUUUCCGAAUGACAUUAAAAUGUUCCCCCAAAAACUAUA